AUGUAUGCGCAACAUUUGCGCAAAUGGAGUCUGAAAACAAAAAAGCAACGAAUGCCAUUGAUAUUGCUAAUUAUCAGCUACAUGUUGCUACUGAUCACAGGUGUGUCGGCUGCUGCGACGGCGACGGCGAUGCAGCAGCAACAGCAGCAGCAGCGGCAGCUACCAGCAGCGCGAUUAUUAUGGGAAGGCAGUGCCGAAGAAAGCAGCUACUAUAUACCACUGAGUACGGAUAAUGAUGGCGGUAGCAUCAGCAUCACCAGCGGUAGCAGCAGCAGCAGCAGCAGCAGUGAAAGCGGUAGCAACAUCGACAGCAACAGCAACAAUAUCUUAAGUAGGCUGCUCAGCCGCACCAGCAAUAGUCUUAGUAGCCGUAGCAAUCUUAAGUUAGAGCCAGCCACAGUAUUCGAUGCCGGCAGCAGUGCAGCCAAUCAGCAGCAAAAGCAGCAGCAGCAACAAGAGCAACUUCAGCAACAUGUUGCUGCCGUGCCACAGAAAAAAGUUCCAAAUACGUUAAUCAAUAGUCAAAUAUAUAAUAAUUUAUUAUACAAUGGCCUGCCCAGCGCGGCGGCGGCGACGACGAGCAAUAAGAUGCGUCGUCACAUACAGCCCACACAGCUGCCAGCUGCAACAAGCAGCUUCGCGCAUCCUGCGAGCAACUACAGCCGGAGAGCGGUGCAGAGCUACUACAUAGAGUCCUUCGAGGUGCCGGAGGAGGAGGAGGAGCACCAGCAGCAGGAACAGAUUGAGCGCAAUCCGGAGCAGGCGGCGCGCAACCGGCGUGAUGGUCAGAACCAGCGUCGCCCCAAUGGCCACCGGAAGGAGCUGCAGGCGGACAAGCGGGAGAAUCGCCGCCUGAGGCAGCAGCAAAGGAAGGAGCAGCGCCCGAACAGGCAUCAGGAGCAUCAGCAACGCCGGAAGCACCAGCGAAAGCACCGGGGACGCCAGCGAUCCGAUCGCUAUUGCUCAGCCCGGGAUCCUGCCCAGCUGGCCUAUGCGGCGCCCACCGUGUUCAAGGGUGUCUUCAAGUCGAUGUCCGCCGACCGGCGGCUCAACUUCUCGGCCUCGAUGAAGGUCGUGGAGGUGUACAAGCAACAGCGUGGCCUUCAGCUGCCGACACUCGUUCGGUUGCAGUUUACGGUGCGAAACAACAGCGGCGAAUGUGACAUCUACAGGGAGAAGCUGCGUCCGCGAGGAGUGCUCCGUUCCGGCAAUGAUCUGCAGCAGGCCACGAGUAUAGAGUACAUGGUCUUUGCCCAGCAGACGAAUCCGGGCAACUUUACCAUCCUCGGCCAGCCCAUGCGAGCCUCGCACUCGGUGAUGGAAGCGGUCAAAAUGGCUGUGAGCGACAAUUAUGCACAGAACGCAUCGAUCACGUCGAUCAUCGCGGUGCCGAGCAACACGACCAUCGAGCACGGCCGGGAGCUGAGGAUCGUCUGCCGGGUGUCCGGUCAGCCGCCCCCUAAGGUUACCUGGUUCAAGGACGACAAGUCCAUCAAUCGCAAGCGCAACGUUUACCAAUUCAAGCACCACAAAAGACGUUCCGAGCUGAUUGUGCGCUCCUUCAAUAGUUCCUCCGAUGCGGGCAAGUACGAGUGCCGGGCGAAGAACAAAGCCAGCAAGGCGAUCAUCAGGCGCCGCAUCAUGAUCAACUCCACUCCAGUACACUUUCGGCCGGACCAGGACACCGAUGUACCCUGCCCCUUCACCGAUUUCUGUUUCCAUGGCGGCACCUGCAGGAUGAUCAAGGAUAUGAACCUGUUCUACUGCCGUUGCCAAAACGGAUACGUCGGCGAACGUUGCGAGAACAUUGGGCCCGACAAUAUUUUGUUGCAAUCUACGGCCAAAUACAUACCUUAAAUAACGACAAUAAAUGCAUAGAAUUUUGUUUUAUUAUUUUUAUGAUUUUUAUAAACAAAACAAAAACAAAACAAAAAGAAAACACAAGAUCGACUGAUUCCCCUGCACUCCAAGAACGGCGACAAUUGUAAUUUUUUACUGUAUUUAAAAAAUUAGUGAAUUCGUUGCACCGGCAGACCAAGCCCAAUCCCAUCACCGUUCUCCAUAUCAGUUUGAAACUACAAAAAAGUAUCCAAAACGAAACUGAACAGAACCGAAAACAUUUCAAAAUUCCGUAGAGUUCCCAGAGUUCCUUCUUCCCCAAAAAGCGAUAAGUUCCAGAUCCAGACUGACUUAAGCUACGUUUGAAUAUUUUAAAUAUGAAACCUAAACAGAAUUUAAAUUAAAUUAAUUGUACGAAAAGAACACUAUCGAAAAAAUCAAGUUCGAAUGAAUGAAAACUAUCGAAGUUUACAGUUUGAAAGCAAUAUCGAUUCGACCCCUGACACUGACACUGUUGCGCUUUUGUUGUUGUACCAUAGACAUAUACAUAUACAUAUAUACUUAUAUAAUGAGAACAAAGGUUGACACGUAGCCGAGAACUUUGUAAUAAAUCCUGUAAAUAUCUCUCGUUUUAACUAACGUUAAGUUUUGUGUACAUUUCAAACUAAGUUAAUGCAGCCCUUCUUUAACCAUAAUUUAUUGUAUUUAAUUACACCUAAAUUAAACUUAACUUUAGCCUUAAGACACACACACCUCACACACACAACUUAAAGAAACACAAACACAUACUAUAAAGCUACUUAAUUUCGAAAUACUAUUUUAUUUGUCCUCGUUUAUGAUUUGCGCUAUAAACAAAACAAAAAAAAAAAAAACAAUGUAUAAUGCAAAUUUAGUUUUUUUUUCGCAAUGUGUAUGUUGACAUCAGUUUGUAUGGCGAAGAGAUUAUUUUUAGUUAUCUUUUAAGUGGCAAAUUUUUUAUAUAU